UAUAUUCCUUCUGAAAUUCGCCAGUUACUGUGGAUGCUCUUAACUUGCACUAGCUACGGCGUGCAAUGUGUCCAGGAUAGAGUCACACUGUGAAUGUCGCCCGGAAUGACAGCGACCGACCCAGCGCUAGUCUCAAGGGUGCACCUGUGGGCAAAAGGAGGGGAGGUCUCGGCGCUUCAUUUGGCGAGAGCACGUUGUUUUAUGACAGAUUAACUGGAAAGAAUGAACUCCGGGACACGUCGUAUGCAUUUUUGUUUUUGCUAUUUUACCUGAAAACCCAAUCGAGGACGAAAACAUCCCUGCCGGUAAAAUCGUAGCUAUGGAUACGUUCGCGAAGACCCCAGUGCACCUCGCAGAGAAUCAAUAUGUGACCUAAUUAUUAUUUCCAGGCUCUGAUAAGACUGCUAUUCUGUUUUGCUCCGAAGGCGUGGUUCUGGGGCACUUGACGCUCGCCUCUUAGUCCUCCAUUGCUAUUCAUUCCAAUGCCUCAAUCGUACGGGCAGAUACAAACGCUACUUAACUGGCGCAAUAAUCAAAUUAAGCACAGCGCGCAACAGACGCAAAGACGUAUCAGGUAGGCAGUUUUCGUUUUCAUUGACUCGGAUCGUUUGGAUCUGUUCUGGAAGAUGCCGAAUUCGUUCACAAGGUCAGAUGUAACUUUCGUCCUGGAAUUCGAACGUUCAGAAAUGGUUCUGAGACCAGGAGAAGCACGCUGAUAUAAAGCAGAGCUGCAGCCCUCCAUUCUGUAAUCGACUGUGCCCUGGAGAAGGGGAGCGUGAAAUGGGCACCAUCCCCAAACCGAAAAGGACUGUCACCAUUCAGAUGGGACCUCACAUUGCUGUCGUGGACAGCUUUGGGAACAAGGAGCCCACUGCCAGCUGGGAGAAGGAGCCAAACCUGAAAUUGAACAGCACAUCUACACCCCCGAAGGAGCACAGGCAGGAUAAUGUGUGCAUGGACAUGAGCACGGCCAACAGAAUCCACCACAGCAGACAGCCGAGCAGGGCAGACAUGUCCGCCUCAGCCUCCGUGGGUCACGGAGGGAGCGGGGAUUCUGAGGGCCUGAUUGGACGAGGCCUGGUGCAGACUGGAGCUCUGAUAGGUCAGGGUGUGGGCGAUUCGAGAGCUCUGAUAGGUCAGGGUGCGGGGGAUUCGGGAGCUUUGAUAGGUCAGGGUGCGGGGGAUUCUAGAGCUCUGAUAGGUCAGGGUGUGGGGGAUUCAAGAGCUCUGAUUGGUCAGGGUGCGGGCGAUCUGAGAGAGAGCCCCAGGAAGGGCUGCCAAGCAAGCGCAGGGCAGGAGUCGCCAAUACCGCCAAAGGACGAUUUGCGAGCGUGCGACGGGGUCUCGAAGGCGCUAGGCUUUGAGGAGCGGUCCGUGGAUCCCACAGCAGCGAGGCUCAGGUCUCACACACCUGAAGGUUUCCAAAAACGUGAAGUGACCUCGGCGUCCACUCAGGCAGCGAGGGAAACGUCUGGGCCAGAGCGGGCCUCCGAAGCGCGGGUGGCGAAGCGAGACCACGCUGGCAUCCCGGGCAUCCCGGGCAUCCCUGCUGGUGAAGACGUGCCGGUGAAAUCUGAUGGUUCUGUCCACACUGCGCUCCCGGCACAAACCGCCAAGCCUGAGGUUCACCAGGAGAACUCUGAACACCAGGGAAGUGAGAGAGGAGAGACGUCACUUCUCAGUCUGAGGGAAGGCCUCUCAGGAGGCCAGGUAACCAGCGCUACUCUGCACCGCACCGGGCUGACGGACACCGAGGGGAACCCGAGCGCCCACUGUCCCACGCAGGAGGAGUUAGGGGCGCAGAACGGCUCGGGCAGCUCCUCACAUCCUCACUCCUCAGGGCUGCUGCUGGGGGACUCUGCUGGAGGGCAGUGGAGCAGACCAGACCGUGCACAGGCGGCAGAGGGAGCUCCGCAGAGCACAGGUACCGCGACACAGGAAGUGCAGCUGAUACAAAGAGGACUCUGCAAACGCUUCCAGGACGUCGCCACCAUGACCGCGUCCCCCGAGCGCGGCGGGCCGUCCGGAGUGGCAUGGCGGGACGCGGAGGUGCAGGCGGUCCCGGAGGUCUGCAGCAGGUCCGCGGGGACGAGCCCCUCCCGCUUCCCUCUGGCCACGCCCCCCGGACUCUGCUGCGCGCCAGCAGGAGGGAGCGCUGGUCCCGCGGGGGCCGGCCCAGUGCAUGCUGGGUCACAACCCGCGGCUCACCCGCCACGGGACGACGCUUCGCCGAAAGAGGGCGGGGUCUUCAGCGACGCGUGCGUCCAAACCGCCGUCUCCGUCUCCUCUCGGGCCCGCACCGGUCCGUCUCCGCCCCCCAGCAGCCCGGUCCCGGAGAGCGGCAGGUCGGGGGGCAUUCUGGGUAAAAGCACUGGAGCCAGCCGCCAUUCUGGCUCUGCAGGGCAUCAGGACAUGGAGCUGGGAGCAAGGCCCAAAGAGCCAGGGCUGCAUCUGGGCCAUGUCCAGAAAGGGCCUUUACAGCCGGUUUAUCAGAUCAGCACUGCGGCGUGUAGCCAGUCAAACCACGCUUCCAGCAGCUUCCGUGAGAAGGAGCCAUCGAUAGCAGACCAGCAGAGUUUGUCCCAGUCAGAGUCUUCCAAUGGAGACCAUACAGGCAGCCUGCAUAAUAAACCUAUAGUCUCUAAUCGCGCGUGUCAUGCUGUCGCUGAUGUCAUGAGCUUUCCUGACCAAUCAGUGAGCGGUCCCACAGAUCCAGCCUGCUCCUCACCGCAGGACUCCAGGCUUCAGGUAGAGACACAAAUGCCGCCUGGUGUGCAAAGCCAGCAGGUGGAGCCGCUCGUGGUGGAGACAUGCCCCGAGCGAAAGGACGUUCCAGGUGAAGGGAAGUCCGAUCCAGAAUCAGAGCAGAGCAGCGGUCCGGAUCAGAGCCGGUCCAAAGCUGGUCCGGAUCAGAGCCGGUCCAAAGCUGGUCCGGAUCAGAGCCGGUCCAAAGCCGGGCCGGGUCAGAGCGACGCGGCCGUCCCGCCGCGCCCGGAUCAGGGCGGUUCUGAAGACGAGGGCAAGGCGGGCGCGGUGCCCGAGGUGGUGUGGGACGAGCAGGGCAUGACGUGGGAGGUGUACGGCGCGUCCGUCGACCUCGAGUCCCUGGGCUUCGCCAUCCAGAGCCACCUGCUGUGCAAGAUCAAAGAGCACGAGAAGCAGAUCCAGACGCAGACGACCCGCCUGGGCCGGUCCCUGUCCUCCGAGUCGCCCCGCGCCGGGAAGACCCGGAAGAGACCGCGCAGCGUCUUCCGCUCGCUGCUGCAGAACGUCCGCCGGCCCCCGUGCUGCCUGCGCACGCCUGCGUCCGCGCUGGAGUGAGG